UUAUCCCGUCGAAGUAAAUUAUAGAAGUUACAUUAAGUAAGAAAGUUUGGAUUAAAUGUAGUUCGCUAUGGAAAAUCAUAAAAGGUUUCAUUUAGUGUUGCUUUUGCGGUAUUUUAAGCUAUAGGAGGAUCUUUAUUUCCAAAGUAAAAUAAGAACCUUCCAUUGUUCGAACUGGAUCGCCUAACGUUUUCCAGAUUACCCCCAUCUGUGUUGAGAAGUUAUCGUGGCCUGCCUGCCUGUUCGUGUCUUCAUGGGAUUAGCUGGCUGUGAGGUGGUCGUUAAAGAAUAUUAACCUGUUGAUUAAUCGGGUAUUGCUUGAGAGGGCCGCAGAGAGGAGACAGCCCGAACGGCGACACACACGCACUGAAUGAACCUAGUAUUGACAGAGCACUCAGGACUCUGGAGACUCUUUUAAAGACUCAUAGAGGCUUCAGCCCACCCUCGCUCUAGUUCUCUUCAACUAUAUCAACCCUUCAUCAAGGAGCUCAUGCGAAUAUGGCCUCACUGUCCUCACCCUAUUCUGAAUAGGGAACGUUUCUUUUUUCGCGUCCAACAAUUUUUACUGGAACAAACUGGGAUUGUCCCUCAUAAUAUGCACUACAAUGGAUGAAAAAGGCUCUAUGCUUAGCGUCCAAGGCGAGGACCAGUCCUUUCAUAUCCGCUACAGGAUGGAGGCGUCCUGCCUGGAGCUGGCCCUGGAGGGGGAGCGGCUCUGCAAGGUGGGGGACUACCGGGCCGGCGUGUCCUUCUUCGAGGCCGCCAUCCAGGUGGGAACGGAGGACCUACAGGUGCUGAGCGCCAUCUACAGCCAGCUGGGCAACGCCUACUUCCACCUGCACGACUACGGCAAGGCCCUGGAGUUCCACCACCACGACCUCACGCUGACCAGGACCGUCGGUGACCUGAUGGGCGAAGCCAAGGCCAGCGGGAACCUGGGCAACACGUUGAAGGUGCUUGGGCGGUUCGACGAGGCGGUGAUCUGCUGCCAGAGGCACCUGGACAUCUCCAGGGACAUCGGCGACAAGAUGGGCCAGGCGAGGGCCCUGUAUAACUUCGGGAACGUGUACCACGCCAAGGGGAAGAGUAUCUGCUGGAGUGGGGCAGAGCCGGGGGACUUCCCCGAGGAGGUCAUGACGGCGCUGCGGCAAGCGGCGGAGUACUACGAGGCAAACUUGGCCAUCGUCAAGGAGCUCGGAGACAGGGCCGCGCAGGGAAGGACGUACGGUAACCUUGGCAACACACAUUACCUCUUGGGGAACUUUCGCUGCGCCGUGGCCUCCCAUGAACAGCGCCUCCUCAUCGCCAAGGAGUUUGGCGACCGCUCGGCAGAGAGACGGGCGUACUGCAACCUGGGCAACGCCUACAUCUUCCUGGGGGAGUUUGAAGUGGCCUCUGAGCACUACAAGAGGACUCUGCAGCUGGCCAGACAGCUGAAGGACCGGGCGGUGGAGGCCCAGGCCUGCUACAGCCUGGGCAACACCUACACGCUUCUGCAGGACUACGAGAGGGCCAUCGACUACCACCUCAAACACCUCAUCAUAGCCCAGGACCUCAACGACAGGAUCGGGGAGGGGCGUGCGUGCUGGAGUCUGGGGAACGCCCACACCGCACUGGGCAACCACGACCAGGCCAUGCACUUUGCAGAGAAACACCUGGAGAUCUCCAAAGAGACUGGAGACAGGAGUGGAGAGCUGACUGCCCGUAUGAACGUGUCUGACCUGCAGACGGUGCUGGGUCUGAGCUACAGCACCAACAGCUCCACGCUGUCGGACGCCAAGGAGACGGACCUCCCUCUGAACGGAGCACGGCCUCGUACGGGGAGGAGACACAGCAUGGAGAACCUGGAGCUGAUGAAGCUGACGCCAGAGACCAAGCUGAACGGUCAGAAGUGGAACAGCGACAUCCUGACCAAGCAGUCCAAGCCCAGCCUGGCCAAGGCCUCCUCCAAGCUCUUCUUCGUCGGCCGGCUACGCAGCAAGAAGCACAAGGCGGGCGGCUCCACCACCACCAAGGUCCUCCAGGACACCAGCAACACCCUGGACCCCAGCCAGACGGGCCCCCCGGGGCCGCAGAAGCGUCCCAGCCCCGAGGCGCUCGGGGACGAGGGCUUCUUCGACCUGCUCAGCCGCUUCCAGAGCAACCGCAUGGACGACCAGCGCUGCUCCAUCCAGGACCCGGGCAGCCGCCUCUCGCUGAGCAGCGGGCCGGACGCGCCCCCCAGCAGGGGCUCCUCCUCCGGGUCGGAGUCGGCGGCGGGCGCGUCGGCGGGCCGGAGGACGAGCGAGCCCGCGGCGGCGGCGGCGGCGGCGGUGGGAGGGGCCAACCUGCCGGGCCUCAGGCUGCACCAGCAGAAGGGCAGCCAGGCGGUGCUCAGCCACCUGAUGGCCAACGGCGACAACGCAGAGCCCGACGACAACUUCUUCGACAUGCUCGUCAAGUGCCAGGGCUCCCGUCUGGACGACCAGCGCUGCGCCCCCCCCCCGCCGCCGGCCCGCGGCCCCACCGUGCCCGACGAGGACUUCUUCAGCCUCAUCAUGCGCUCGCAGGCCAAGCGCAUGGACGAGCAGCGCGUCACCCUGCCCCCAGGGGGCGCCGCCGCCCGGCCAGGGGCCCCCCACUGAAGCGCAGCCGCCCCCGGUCUGUAGCACCGCCCCGGCCGGGGAGGCCCAGGACUAGCGUGAGGACGGCCUCACCCACCGGGGGCCCCCCCGGGGCCCGGGGACGAGGAGGGGCACCGCGGAGACGGCACUAAGUGGCUCACUAGGUAGCGGUUCUCUACAUCAUUGCCCUCAGGGACUCAAGCACUGCCAGCUGUAUCAUAUGAGGGGGGGGGGGAGGGUUGGGUGAGGCAAAGGACUCACUUUGAGGCCUCUCCCGCCUGGUGCUUUCUGGGUAAUUUUGUUUCACUUUGAACUGGAUUUGCACUUCUGUAUAUGGAUCAUAACAGAGCAAAUAAUCACUGCAGUCAGAGAUAGCUUUUAUUUUUACACUUGAUUUUUUGAAAAUUUUAAUCCUUUUAAUUUCACUUUUUAAACAGUGUCUUUAGAUGCUCAACUUCAGAUGGGAUGUAAUUAUUCUAGCUUUUGUAAAAAAAAAGAAAAAAUGGAUUCCCAAAGCCGUCCUACCACUUUCUCCCUCUUCUUUUUAAUACUCAUGUAGCAUUAUCAGCGAUUCAGGUCCAUGAAAUGACACCAGAAAGGUACAGCAAUUUCCAUGUAUUUUUUUUUUAUAAUUGUGUAUGUCGAGUAUUAGUCUGAUGAAGGCGUUGUCUCAAUUAGGGAAUUUGACCCUUUCAGACAAGCGUCUCCUAAUAUAAAAAAUAUCAACUAACUUUUAACCUAUGUACAGAUUGUGGUGCUCUUUUGUAACACUUGUUUUUUGUUGAUCAGAGGAAUAAAGCCUCAACUCUUCAGAGAA